AUGCCUUUCAACACUAUUACCGUUGCUUCCGCGAUUGCACCCACGGUUCUCAAAACAUGGUGGGCUCAUCACUUCGGAGGAAAGCCACCCAAGCAGAAACCAACGCACCGUCUUUCCUACCAUGAGGGACUGGAGGUCAUCCGCCGCUUCAUGUACUAUUCCUCUCACCACACAGUCGAGCAGUUCCAGGCCUUCACCGCUCGCCGGGUCCCUUCACCCCACUGGGUCAAGCAGUCCAAUGUCGUGGUUCCCGCCGAGCACCUCGUGUCUGCAGGGCACCUCAUCAUCGCAGAGCUUGGUCCUGAAGGGAUUGACCGAGUUGGAGGGAAAACAUGGUGGCAGUGGAGAGGGGACGACGUUGCCCUUUAUGCCGAAUGGAUCGAGAUGAGGAGCGAUUAUACAGAACGGAGAAAUCUGGGUCAGAAAUCCAAACGGAUCAUAUUAUAUGUGCAUGGAGGGGCGCAUUACUUUGGAAGUGUGGAUACGCAUCGCUAUCAGUUGCAGCGCCAUGCAAGGAAGCUCAAGGCGAGGGUAUUUGCUCGGCCCGAAGAGAUAAUAUUUGCCGGAGAUUCGUCUGGGGGCGGAAUGGUGGCGUCGAUGCUUAUAGUUCUCCGUGAUCAAAAAAUACCAUUGCCUGCGGGGGCGAUUUUGAUCUCUCCGUGGCUCGACUUGACACAUUCGUUUCCUAGUAUGAAUGAUACCACAGGCCAGGACUACUUGCCUGUAUACGGCUUCAUGCAACGGCCGUCGAUGGGCUGGCCACCUCCAAAUGCCGACGAAAUGGGCGUAGUAACAAAUUGCGCCGGGAAGAUUCUCCAGGCUAUAAACUCUCCACCAGUGGCAGAUAGCACGACUACAGUUGAUGAACAUGCUAUCGAGCAGUUUUUCAUCCGCCAAGCUACUGCCACAACCCAAGCUGGCCAUCUUGAACGGUUGCCGGAACAUCGUACAGCCAGGUUUGGAGAUACCAGCCAUGACCACAUUCAACCAGACCAUCUACUAACGAUCCGUAUGGACGGAGUCGUCGUGGAAUUGAAAGAUCAAAUUCACAUGUAUACUACUAAUGAAAUGCUAUCGCACCCGCUCGUUUCACCAGUCUUGCAGCCGUCACUGGGCGGUUUGCCUCCUUUACUCAUUCUCACUGGUGGCGGCGAGAUGCUUCGAGAUGAACAAAUUUACUUUGCUCACAAAGCCGCUAAUCCCACAGCAUAUCUGCCAGGCGAAAAAUAUUUAAAUCGACACGACCCGGAACGAAAGACCAUAGGAAGAUAUGGCCCUACAUAUGUACAGCUACAGGUUUGGGAUAACCUCUGUCAUGUGGCCCCAACUCUCAGCUUCACCCAGCCGGCGAAGUACAUGUUUCGUUCGAUUGCGCAAUUCGGGGCUUGGGUGCUUUCACGAGCGCAAGAAGCUAGCAUUGAAAUCCCUGAUUGGAGUACGUCUUCCAGCGGAAAUAUUGAUUACCCUGGUGGGCAGCAACAGGGACGGUUCCAGCAACAGCAAGGUUUCAGAUCCGUUGGAAAGGCUGGUGAUCCUCUCCCACCAUUCCAUCGCCACAUGAUUCGACAGUUGAUUGACGGAUAUGGCAAUGUUCACCCAUUACCGGAUGAGUCUCAACUUCCAGCACUCAACAUCCCUCCUGAUGAUAUUGGAGAACCAAAGGUUGGGCCUGUAAGGCGGUGGAUGAACGCGAAGCAUGAGUGGGAUACCAAGUACGCCCGACAGAGGCGUAAAGUAUUGAAAAGGCGAGUAGAGGAGUUACUGUUGGGUAUUGAGGAGCUGGCUCCGGGAGAGAUACCGCCGCCCAGCUCUGCAGCAGCGAGGCGGGGCGUUUCUAUUCAACGGAUACGAAGACCUUCGAAGAAGAGUCGUGCUCUCACACUUUGGAAUUCUAUUGGGAAUAAGCACGAUGAAGCGGCCCUCAAAGAGACCGGAGAAUAUGGUGGUCGUUUUCGGGCUCCCAUGCCGAGGCCAGCAAGCGAAACCAGAGUGGUUACAGAUGUAGGGCAGUCAAAUGAGUCUGAAAGAGACGUUUCGGAGAAAUUCUCACCUCGUCGUCCAUCUUCACUCGCGUCUUCAAGGUACACCGAUUAUACCACUUUUCAAAACAACAACGCAAGAGAAAGCAAUGGAUAUAUCGAGGGGCGGAACACGCCUGGACUAGUUACGCCCCAGAUAACAGUCAAUCACCAUCCACAUCCAGGUGAAGCUCCACCGCGGAGUGCACUUCGCGACGCCCAUCCAAGGCACGAACGCUCUCUUCGGCAUCGAGACCCCAACGAUAGAGCUAGUACUCGAGCAAUUCGACAUGCUCAAGGGGUAGUAGGGCCUUCAUCUCCCAUCCACGAGUCAGAAUCGUCGCAAAACUGGGCAACUCCCCGCGAGUCAACCUCCGCGCUGCCGAGUAGGCAGUCUGUGCCAAUGCACACAAAAUCCUACCGUGCACCCAGGGAUCGCUUGGCCCCGAACGAUGCAAGUACUUCCGGAUUCGUCGAUCGUCGCAAGCUCCGCGUUGAGGAACCGGAUGAAGAUGAAGGGCCAAGUUAUGAGAACGCUUCCGACCGGUAUCCUCGAUACGACAUGGACCGUCCUGCACCUCUAAAUGCUACGAGGUCGCGCGGGUCGACACACCUCAGCAGUCAAGCGCGACCUAGCUUUGUGACGGCGCGGGGCUCGUCUAGACGUUAUUAUCAGGGCAAGGGAUUGGCUGAUGAGUUUAAUUCCACGGGGCCUACGGCACCGUCAGAGACGGAACCGUUCCCGCCGUUUCCGGCGAGUGAAAAUGUCAGCACCGGGUCACGGCUGGGAGCUGGGGUUAAUGGAGAUGUUGAAGCGAUGGAUGCGCGGAGUGGAUAUUCAAGUGCCUAUUCAGAUGAACGAGUUGGCGCCGAAAACGCGAGAAGAUAUUAUUGA